AUGGAUACCUUUAUGGCGGGAUAUUCUUCACCUGCUGAUUACAAAAGCAGCUGUAGUACUGAUGGUUCUUCGGAACCCGAAGUGAUGCUGGCUUCUCAAAACCCGAAGAAGCCAGCCGGACGGAAGAAGUUCAAGGUGACGCGACACCCGGUUUAUCGGGGAGUAAGGAGUAGGGCCAACGGGAAAUGGGUGUGUGAAGUGAGACAUCCAGCCACACAAGAAAGGGUAUGGCUAGGGACACAUCCAAAUGCUGAAAUGGCAGCCAGGGCGCAUGACGUGGCGGUUUUAGCCAUGCGUGGUCGGUCCGCGUGUUUGAAUUUUGCUGACUCUGUAUGGCGGUUGCCUGUUCCUGAGUCUAAUGAUGUAAAAGAUAUACAAAAGGCUGCAGCUGAAGCCGCUGAAGGAUUCCGAUAUUCGGAGGAGGAGGUUGUGGUUGAGAAGAAUGAUGAAUUUGACCAUCAGUCGCCGGAAAAUGUGUGUUGCAUGGAUGAAGAACAAAUGCCGGGAUUUCUUGACAGCAUGGCAGAAGCGCUAAUGUUACCUCCACCUCAAAUGGUUGAAUAUGGUAACUACAGGGAUAAUGAUGUAGUGGAACAUUUUGAUGACAUCUCCUUAUGGAGUUAUUAG